ACAAGGAAAGCGGAUGACAGCGUGCGCAGCCCUGCCCCUCCCACCACAGGGCGAUAUGGCGGCACUCCGGGGGCCACAUCCCAGCACAGGAGGGCUUAGUACUGCAGCUCUGCCCCUCCCACUACAGGGCAAUAUGACAGCACUCCGGGCACCAUGUCUCAGCACAGGAAGGCUUAGUACUGCAGCCCUGCCCCUCCCACCACAGGGCGAUGUGGCACCCGGAGUGCCGCCAUAUCUCAGCACAGGAAGGCUUAGUACUGCAGCCCUGCCCCUCCCACUACAGGGCGAUAUGGCGGCACUCCGGGGGCCACAUCCCAGCACAGGAAGGCUUAGUACUGCAACCCUGCCCCUCCCACUACAGGGAGAUGUGGCACCCGGAGUGCCGCCAUAUCUCAGCACAGGAGGGCUUAGUACUGCAGCUCUGCCCCUCCCACCACAGGGCGAUAUGGCGGCACUCCGGGGGCCACAUCCCAGCACAGGAAGGCUUAGUACUGCAACCCUGCCCCUCCCACUACAGGGCAAUAUGACAGCACUCCCGGGCACCAUGUCUCAGCACAGGAAGGCUUAGUACUGCAGCCCUGCCCCUCCCACCACAGGGCGAUGUGGCACCCGGAGUGCCGCCAUAUCUCAGCACAGGAAGGCUUAGUACUGCAGCCCUGCCCCUCCCACUACAGGGCGAUAUGGCGGCACUCCGGGGGCCACAUCCCAGCACAGGAAGGCUUAGUACUGCAACCCUGCCCCUCCCACUACAGGGAGAUGUGGCACCCGGAGUGCCGCCUUAUCUCAGCACAGGAGGGCUUAGUACUGCAGCUCUGCCCCUCCCACCACAGGGCGAUAUGGCGGCACUCCGGGGGCCACGUCCCAGCACAGGAGGGUUUAGUACUGCAGCUCUGCCCCUCCCACUACAGGGCGAUAUGGCGGCACUCCGGGGGCCACAUCCCAGCACAGGAAGGCUUAGUACUGCAGCCCUGCCCCUCCCACUACAGGGCGAUAUGGCAGCACGUCUCAGCACAGGAAGGCUUAGUACUGCAGCCCUGCCCCUCCCACUACAGGGCGAUAUGGCAGCAUGUCUCAGCACAGGAAGGCUUAGUACUGCAGCCCUGCCCCUCCCACUACAGGGCAAUAUGGCGCCACAUCUCAGCACAGGAAGGCUUAGUACUGCAGCCCUGCCCCUCCCACUACAGGGCAAUAUGGCGCCACGUCCCAGCACAGGAAGGCUUAGUACUGCAGCCCUGCCCCUCCCACUACAGGGCGAUAUGGCGCCACGUCCCAGCACAGGAAGGCUUAGUACUGCAGCCCUGCCCCUCCCACUACAGGGCGAUAUGGCACCACAUCUCUGCACAGGAAGGUUUAGUACUGCAGCCCUGCCCCUCCCACUACAGGGCGGUAUGGCACCACAUCUCUGCACAGGAGGGCUUAGUACUGCAGCCCUGCCCCUCCCACUACAGGGCGAUAUGGCACCACAUCUCUGCACAGGAAGGUUUAGUACUGCAGCCCUGCCCCUCCCACUACAGGGCGAUAUGGCGGCACUCCGGGCACCAUAUCUCAGCACAGGAAGGCUUAGUACUGCAGCCCUGCCCCUCCCACUACAGGGCGAUAUGGCGGCACUCCGGGCACCACAUCUCUGCACAGGAGGGCUUAGUACUGCAGCUCGGCUCCACUGA